AUGUCUGUUAGUGAUCGAAAGUUGGAUAACAGUUCAUUGGAUCAAGAAGUCACCAAUAGUCAUCAUGUCCCGGUGAUUGAUGAAGAGAAAAUCACUGAACCUGAAUAUGUCUCUCGUGGUGUUAGAAGAAUGGAAAAAUUGAAAAAAGUGAUGAGUGAAACCAAGAAAGGUAAACAUAUGAGAUUAUUAUUAUGUGCUUGUAUAAUCAUCACUGAGUUUGUUGUUGCAUUAGACGGUUCCACCACUUCAAGUUAUCAACCUUAUGCCACUUCAGCUUUUAAACAUCAUUCAAUGUUGUCCACUUUAUCAAUUGCAACUUCAAUCAUGUCAUCUGUUUCUCAACCAAUCAUUGCCAAAAUUGCUGAUGUCACUUCAAGACCAACUUGUUACAUAUUGGUUUUAUCAUUCUAUACAAUGGGUUAUAUUAUCUGUGCAGCUUCAUCCACUAUAUCUGCUUAUGUUAUUGGUAGUGUGUUUGUCACUAUUGGUCGUUCAAAUAUUGAUAUGAUCAAUACCAUUAUUUUAGCUGAUAUUAUUCCUUUGAAAUAUCGUGGUUUCACUUUUGGAUUAACAGCAUCUUGGUACCUUAUCACAGUGUGGAUAUCUGGUGGAAUUGCUUCACAUUUCAUUACAGUGAAUUGGAGAUGGGGUUAUGGUAUGUUUUCAAUUUUGAUGCCUGCAACUAUCAUCCCUUGUAUUGCAUGUAUGGGUUAUUUAGAGCAUUAUGCACAAACUGUUUUUCCAGAUAAUGAUCAUUUUGACAAUGAAAACAAGACCAAAAAGACACCAAAGGAUUUUGCUAAAUUAUUUUGGAAUUAUGUUGUUGAAAGUGAUUUAUUCGGUUUGAUAAUGAUGGCAUUUGGAUGGAGUUUGUUAUUAUUACCUUUUUCAUUAUACUCAUCUGCACAAGGUGGAUAUAAAAAUCCUUCUUUAAUCGCAAUGUUUGUUGUUGGUGCAUUAUUAUUAAUCAUCUAUGCUUGUUAUGAAGUUUGGAUUGCCCCAUUCCCAUCUGUUCCUAAAAGAGUUUUAACAAAUAGAACAUUUAUCACCGCAGUUACAGUUGAUUUUUUCUACUUGUGUGGUGCAAUGCUAUUACAAUUAUAUUUGUCAUCAUAUGUUGGUGUUGUGAAAGAUUGGUCUUAUAGAAACUGGUCAUAUUUCAACAAUACUCAAACAUUAAGUAUUUGUUUCUUUGGUGUUAUUGUGGGUCUUAUUCAAAGAGUUACACAUCGUACAAAAUUCUUACAAGUUGGAGGUUUAAUUAUUCAAGUUGUUGCUAUGAUUAUUGCCCUAUGGGCUCGUUAUGGUAAUGCAUCAACUGGUGCUUUAGUAUGGGUUCAGAUCUUAUUAGGUAUGGGUGGUGCUGCUUCAAACAUUGGUUCACAAGUUGCCUCACAAGCCUCAGUUCCUCAUCAAGAUGUUGCAUUGGCCAUUGCACUAUUGUUACAAUGGUCAACCAUUGGAUCUGCUAUUGGUGCAGCAAUUGGAGGUGCUUUAUGGGAAAACAAAUUGAUGAAGGCUUUAAGAACUUACUUACCUUCUAGCGUAAGUGAUGAUGAUGUGGCUGAGAUGUAUUCUGAUUUCUCUGCUAUUCAAAAAUAUCCAAUGGAUAGUGAUGUUAGACAAGGUGCUAUAUUGGCUUAUAAUCAUGUUGUUUAUGUGUUGUUUGCACUAGCAUUAGCUUUUACUGCCCUUGCAUUCUUUGCUUCAUUAUUCCAGAAAAACUACUACUUGGGAGAUGAUCAAAAUGCUGUUGAAUAUGCCAACAUGGUUAAUAGACCGACUAAUAGAUUUGCAAGAAUUUUAGAUUGGAUUGAUAAUCCGUUUGCUUAUUACAAAAACAAAAAGGCAGAGAAACAAGCACAAGAUCAUACAACAGGUCAGUCCACUGGUGUAAUUGAGGAAACCUCUGAGUUUAAUGAUGACACAAACUUACAAAAUCGCCAGGUAAAAGAGGAUUCAGUUGUCAAUACCAAAGCUGGUGUAUCUGAAAUGGUUAGUAGAGUAUAG